AUGUCGGCGCCGUUCUUACUCAACACCGACCUGCCAGAUGAAAGUCGAGGUCCAGAUAUCCUUGCAGCGGUGAUAUCAACGACAUUGACUGCGUUAAUAGUUGUUUGUCUAAGGAUAUAUGCUCGUAUAUGGAUGUUACGGAGAUUUGGGGCAGAUGAUUAUGUGAUACUUCUAGCAAUGCUCCUAUCCUUGGCUGGGAUGGGAAUUGUCAUCGCGGAAGUCCAACACGGAGUAGGACGUCAUGCUAUAUAUCUUAAUCCAGAGAUAACCAGAAUGGGACUUAAACUAAAUUUCAUUUCUCAACCAAUAUACCAGUGGGCUAUCCCAAUAGCAAAGGUAUCGAUAGGGUUAUCCCUUAUACGGACAGGACCUACAGUUAUCUUAAGACGUAUUAUACAAGGCCUCAUAAUAUUCCUCUUGGCUUUUACAUCUGCUCGGUUUGUCCUUUUAAUGCUCCAAUGCAUCAAUAUGCCGGCGAUCUGGGACCCUCGUGUUCAAUCCAAGUGCUUAUCACCAGAAACUAUGCGAGGUAUAAAGUACACCAACUCAAUCGUCAACGUCAUCACCGAUAUAUUUGUUCUUUCGUUGGCGGCCUUUCGACUUUGGACUAUUCAGACUAAUACCCGAGCAAGAAUACUUUGCGUUUGUGUUCUUUUUGUUGGUGUCAUCGCGUGUAUUGCAGGAGUUAUGAAACCAAUAUCUCUUAUGAAAAUUGAGAGAACUAACGACGCCUUAUGGGACUCAGCCGACCUUACUGUGUGGAAUCCCGUCGAGUUAAAUGCCGGCAUCAUUGCGGCCAGUCUGCCAUUCAUUAAACCCAUAUUCCAAAGACUUCAGGAGACUACGGCUCGCUCCAUUUCAUUUUCGACAGCAGACUCAUACAGCCUGCGCCCCUUUUCUAGUUCCAAUAGCGGUCGAAGAGCAUCGAAGUACUUUUCACCUCAAAUCCAAACAAAAAUCAGCGCUCGGUGCAGAAGAAACCCAGACAGUUGGAUGAGUAACAUUAGCAAUGUUGAGAGAGGGGCCGAGAAUAUCCCCAAUGAGAUCACUAGGACUACUGUUGUAACAGUUGAUUCGACAGCUCAGGGGAGAAGCAUGGCUUCAAGUGCGCAGCAGAGCUUUUUUCCGCAGGCAUUCGAAGACAAGCAAUAA